AUGGGUUUUAAAUGCCUACUGUCAUCGCGCUCGCUUAUCCGAGUCUCCGGUGCAGCGGCGCAUGAUUUCCUCCAGGGACUCUUUACGAACGAUUUGCGUCUAUUGCAUCCAGGCGGAAGUAUAUGGGGAUGUUUCUUGUAUCAUACUGGCCGAUUGAUGUGUGAUGCCUACCUGUACCAACCCUCACGGGUUCACGGUGGGGAUGUGUGCAUCCUGGUGGACGUCCAUCGCGAUGUGGUAGAUACCUUGCACGAUCACCUGUUAGACAUGCGAAUGCGUAGACGGUUGCAGAUUGACAAUGCUGGAAAGGAGUUUGUAGUUGUGGCGGCCUCAUCGUAUGGAAACGGUGGAAUUUAUGAGGCGGAGGAGGAAGAGGAGAAGACCCCACCACCCUCUUCUGAGUGCGAAACGUUCAUGGACCCCCGUAGCUUUGCGUUCCCCGCCCCUCUCCACAAGAGUAUUUUUCCAUUAUCUAAAGCACCAUCGGUAACGGAUUCGGUGGCGCGGUAUGAGACGUUUCUUUACACCGCCGGCAUCGGUGAGGGGCCGGACGUCUUUAAGCCCGCCAAGUCUUUUCCAUUUGAGUGCAAUACGGACUUUCUUCGGGGUGUCAGCUUUCACAAGGGAUGCUACCUCGGUCAAGAGCUCACCCACCGCACCCAUGUCAUGCUGGUGACCCGAAAACGCACCGUCCCAUUGAGGUUGCCAUCUUUUCAAGAGGAAACUGGCAGUGGGCGGCGGUCGGUUGAAAAGGGCGAAGCGUUGCUGAUUGAUGGACGCAAGGUGGGCGAGUUGCUUACCGUGUGUGGGGAUGUUGGCCUCGGCCUGUUGCGACUGCGUUACGUUGAUGCUGCAACGAGAACGGCCCCUGGUCUUAAGCUGGAGGAUGAUGUUCCAGUCGUCAUUACUAUCCCAGGAUGGUGGGAAGAAAAGGAGGUGAAGAGGAUGUUAUCACAGCCAUAA